GAUGGGUUGGUUAACUACUGAAGAAGAUCAUCAUCAUGAAGAAGAGGAGGAUGGCCAAAUAAACCGAAUUUCUACUUGGAACAUAGUUCUUUGUUAUAUUGUUUUAAUAUUGGUUUUCUUAUUUGGUUCUUUUUUCUCAACAAUUAAUAUAUUUGGUAUAAAAAACAAACUUAGUCAAUUAGGAAAUAUCAUAAUUUUAGUGGCUAUGAUCUAUGUGGGAAUAGCAAAUUUGGAUUAUGUGACAGAAAAUUUUUGUUACGUUCAGGAACAAUUAACCUAUAUAAUUGUUCAAAAUGGCUUGAUCUUUCCAGCUUUGCUAGCUGGGGAUAGAUUAGAUUUGGUUUACAAUCCUCAUAAAAGGAUAUUGAAUGCAAUGACAAUUACUUUUCUGGUCAUAAUUGGUGUUGGAAUAAGUUUAGUUAUUACCGUUAUACCUGUGUUAGGUGUAAAGUCAGGGUCUGGACCGGUUCAUCAGCACGGAUGUCAUCUAUGGUCUAAGAGGUAG